CAGUGUUCUGCCCUGAUCUGGACAGUACCUCCUCCUCCAUCUGUGCCAGGACGCCGUCAAGACAGGCAGCAGACGAGCCCCCAACAUGAACGACAUCUACAAAGCAGCGGUUGAGCAGCUGACUGACGAACAAAAGAAUGAGUUCAAGGCAGCCUUUGACAUCUUCGUACAGGAUGCAGAGGACGGCUGCAUCAGCACCAAGGAGCUGGGGAAGGUGAUGAGGAUGCUGGGCCAGAACCCCACGCCAGAGGAGCUGCAGGAGAUGAUUGAUGAAGUGGAUGAAGACGGGAGCGGCACGGUGGAUUUUGAUGAGUUCCUGGUCAUGAUGGUGCGGUGCAUGAAGGACGACAGCAAGGGGAAGACAGAGGAAGAGCUCGCCGAGCUUUUCCGCAUGUUUGACAAAAAUGCAGACGGCUACAUUGACCUGGACGAGCUAAAAAUGAUGCUGGAAUCUACAGGAGAGACGAUAACCGAGGACGACAUCGAGGAACUGAUGAAAGACGGGGACAAGAACAACGAUGGCAAAAUUGACUACGACGAAUUCUUGGAGUUCAUGAAAGGCGUGGAGUAAUUGUGAACAAGAGAAGACGCAGAUUGUUAUUUUUGUAUUUCUCUCGCAGAAAAACUGACUCCGGAUGCCAGUGGAGAGAUAUUUGGAACGACUUUGCAAAAUUCUGUCAAAUACUGUGUCCGAACAUUUCUGUAUUUUUCUACCAUCACUUGCAUUGUUGUAAAUACAGAUUGUACCUAUAUAAUUCUGGUUCCCGUGUAUACUUAAUUUGUGUAAAUGUAUCUUUUUACUUUAUUUUCUAGAGGGGGGAGCCACUCAGAGUACAACAGUUUGGCUAUCUCUGAAGCGCCACAGCCAGUUUAUAAAAAUCUUCUUACAGAGAAGCUGAGAUGGUUUAGCCGUGCCGGAAAAUGUGUGUGUGUGUGCACGAAGCAAAUCCAUGAAUUAGUGUUGUUUUACACCAGGCUCUGACAGCAGAGUCUGUAAACUGUACAUGUUAUGAUGUGUAUUUUUAAGAGACGCCCUCAGGGGUUUUUAUUCCUCCUCUCAUGCCCCUAAAAUGUCUGCAUAUUUCUACAUGACAAGUCUGGAAUAUCAUGCACUCAUGUAAUAAAUGAAGAUGCAUUUGUCAAAA